AUGCCGCCUAAAGCCCCCACGAGUUACACCCCCGGGGACGACGUGUCCAAGCUCACGGUGAAGGUUUUAAAGGAGGAGCUUGAAAAGCGAUCGCUCCCGAGCGACGGCCUCAAGGCCGCGCUCGUGAAGCGACUGCAGGAGGCGGUAGACGGCGGCGGCGACGCCGCCGCGGCCGCGCCGGAACCCGCCGCGGAGGCCGCGGAACCCGCGGCGGAGCCCGCGCCCGCGCCCGCGGCGGAGCCCGCGCCCGCGGCGGAGCCCGCGACCGCGCCCGCGGCGGAGCCCGCGCCCGAGCCCGCGGCGGAGCCCGCGCCCGAGCCCGCGCCCGCGCCCGCGGUCGACAUGGCCGCGAUCAUGGCGAAAGCGCAAGCGAUCGCGGACAAGGCGAUGGCGUCGCAGCCCGCGGACGAGGGCGAGGGCGGCGCGAAACGCGAGCGGAGCCCCGGCGCCGCGGCGGCGGGCGAUGACGAGCGCGCGGCGAAGCAGCCGGCGUACGGCGCGCCGGCGGGCGCCGACCCCGCGGCGGCGGCGGCGGCGGCGGUGGCGCAAUCCGCCGCCGCCGCGGGCGGCGCGGCGAACGAAGUCGUCAUCGUCGAGGGCACCGCGGGGCACGAGGGACGGAUCAUCGGCCGCGGCGGCGGGACGAUCCGCGACUUGCAGGACAGGUACGGCGUGCGCAUCCAACUCAAGCGCGAGCACGGCGUCACGGAGGUCGUCGGACCCGGCGCGCAGGGCGCCGCCGCCGCCAUUCGCGAGAUCAUCUCGCAGGUCGCGGUGAUGGGCGCCCCGCCUGGGGCGGACCGCGCGGCCGCCGGCCCCGUCGUCGGCGGCGCGAAGGAGACCAUCCCGUGCGCCGGCGCGGAGUCGCGCAUCAUCGGAAAGGGCGGGAACAACAUCCGCUCGUUGCGCGAGCGCACGGGCGCGUCCAUUCGCGUGUUGAACGACUCGCAGACGUGCGUCAUCGAGGGCACCCCCGAGCAAGUCGCCGCCGCGGCCGCGGUGGUCCGCGAGCACAUUCAGCAGUACAACGAGCGCAUGGCCGGCGGCGGCGGCGGCGGCGGCGGCUACGCGAUGUCGGGAGGCUACGCGCCGAGCGGCGGAGGCUACGCGCAACCGGGCGGGUACGCGCAGCCGCAGGCGGGCGGAUACGGCGGGUACGGACAGCCGCAGGGCGGGUACGGACAGCCGCAGGGUGGGUACGCGCAGCCGUCGUACGGGCAGCAGCAGGGCGGGUACGGGCAGCCGGAGCCGACGCCGACCGGGGCCGCGGACCUGCCUCCCGGGUGGCAGGAGCUGUCCGCCAACGGGCAGGUGUAUUACUGGAACACGCAGACGAACCAGACGCAAUACGAGAGGCCGUAUUAA